AUGCAGCAUCAAUUCGAGCCAUUGAAGAACGACCUCUUGCUGAGGGCAGCUAGGGGCGAGAAAGUCCAGCGUCCUCCGAUAUGGGUUAUGCGGCAAGCUGGCCGUUACCUCCCAGAGUAUCAUGAAGCCAAGGCUGGCCGCGACUUUUUCGAAUGCUGCCGCGACCCCGAAGUCGCAUCGACGUUGACGCUCCAGCCCAUCGACCGCUACGCCGGACUCAUCGAUGCCGCUAUUAUCUUCUCCGAUAUCCUGGUCAUUCCCCAGGCCAUGGGAAUGCAGGUUGAGAUGGUCGACAAGAAGGGUCCCCAUUUCCCCGAACCGCUCCAGUCGCCCGAUGACGGACAGUACGAGAAAGUGAUGCAGAAGGAGGUGGAUGUCAAGUCGGAGCUCGACUACGUCUACAAAGCUAUCACCCUCACCCGCCACAAGCUGCAGGGUCGUGUGCCGUUGAUCGGCUUUUGCGGUGCCCCGUGGACUCUGCUGUGCUACAUGGUCGAGGGAGGUGGCACGAAACUGUUCGUCCAGUCGAAGAAGUGGAUCUACAAGUACCCCAAGGAGUCGCAGGCUCUCCUGCAGAAGAUCGCCGAGAUCUGUGUCGAAUACCUGGCGCUUCAGGUUGCUGCUGGUGCUCAGCUGGUACAGGUCUUCGACUCCUGGGCGGGUGAGCUGUCUCCGGCCGCUUUCAAGUCGUUCUCUCUUCCCUACCUGCGUCACAUUUCGGCGAACCUGCCUAAGAAGCUGAAGGAGAUGGGACUGGAGCCUGUUCCCAUGACUGUCUUCGCGAAGGGUGCGUGGUUCGGCCUUGAGGAUCUCUGCGAGUCGGGCUACAACGUUGUUGGCUUGGACUGGCUGCAUGACCCCGCUGAGGCUAGACGGAUUGCCAACGGUCGUGUGACGAUCCAGGGUAACGCUGACCCCGGUGUUCUCUAUGGAGGUCGCGAGGCUAUCACGGAGGCUGUGGAGACUAUGGUUCGGGGAUUCGAAAAGGGCAAGCAAGGCUGGAUUGCCAACUUGGGUCACGGUGUGACUCCUUUCGUCAACCCGGAUGAUCUCAAGUUCUUCUUCGAGGAGAUCCACCGUCUGACGGUGUAA